UGUUUUAAUCCGGAUGAAUUCAGCACUUACAGUCGGCAUUUAACGAUAUAAUAAUAUGGCAGAGCAGAGUCCAUUACUCACGGUUUAUCCUUCAUGUUGCUUGGUUGAUGAGAAAGUUGAAGUCGAAGUGAAAGGCUUACCUGCAGACUCCAAAGUCACAGUUCACGCGCUCGUUCGCUCGGACGAUGGAGACGACUGGGAAGCGUUUGGUCACUACACCAGUGACCCUUUAGGGACAAUUAAAGUUUCUAGAGAUAAAUGUAUUGGUGGUACAUUUGAGGGAGUUGAAGCCAUGGGUCUGCUGUGGAGUAUGAGACCCGUUCCUGAAACGAAACCUGGUCGCAGGUUUCGUAAGACCAAUGUCCAGACACCAGUUAAAGUGGUGUUUUCUGUGCAUGAAGGACAUCUUGAUAAAGGCUUCAAGCAUCGCACUCCUCUCUCAUCCGCUACAGCUGAACGCUGGUAUUUGACUCCUGAAGUCCAGAGGGUUGACGUCUCUGAGGGUGAGAUAAAGGGGACGCUCUUCAUUCCUGCAGGUUCUGGACCGUUUCCUGCUGUUCUGGACCUGUGGGGAGGCCAGGGGGGUCGAGUCGAGUAUCGCUCUGCUCUUCUGGCGUCUCACGGCUACGUCUCGCUGGCACUCGAAUACGUCGGCCUGUUGAAUGCUGCAGGACAACUCCAGCAUGCUGACAACAGUUAUUUUGAGGCUGCCUUCACAUUUCUACAAAAACAUCCUAAAGUUUGUCCUGACAAAGUGGCUGUGAUGGGGAUGUCAUUUGGGGUCUCUGUGACACUGGGUUUGACGGCAUACUCAGAGAUUGUUGAGCCCAAGUGUGUUGUUUGUGUAAGUGGGAGUCACAUUAUGCCUCUCAAAGGAUCUUUGGCUGAUGUCUAUGCAGCACUCCAACAGAACGUACACAAAACCCGCUAUGAUGAAAAGAUGAGGAUAAUUUGGCGGGAUCUGUUGCUACCAAUACCAGAUGACCCAUCACAGAAGGUUAAGAUGAGUGAAAUCAAAUGCCCGGUUUUAUUAAUUGCUGGUGAGGAUGAUCAGAACUGGCCAGCUUCAGAAUCUGCAGCAGAUAUGAGGAAGAUGAUGGAGAAGGCUGGGAACAGUCAUCUCCUCACUGUCCUCUCCUAUCCUGGAACUGGACACCUUAUUGAACCGCCCUACAGCCCUCACGUCCGGUUCAGUGACUUCAAGUUAUUGGAGGCGAAGACCAAAGUGGUGGUACUUUGGGGAGGAGAGACGGAGCCUCACAGUCAAGCUCAGGAGGAGUCCUGGAAGAAAACUCUGGCUUUUCUGGAGGAACAUCUUUAUGACAACAGCAGAGAAGUUACAAGAAUGUGACCUUCGUAUAUAUAU